AUGAUGACUCGCCAGAAGCGACGCCGGACCAGUCCAGAAGAUCACGCGGUCCUAGAAGCAGCCUACCAACGCAACUCAAAGCCGGACAAGGCCGAGCGAACAGAAAUCGUGAACAGCGUUUCCUUGGGCGAGAAGGAAGUUCAGAUAUGGUUUCAGAACAGAAGACAAAACGAUCGCCGAAAGUCAAGACCUUUACUGCCUCAUGAAAUGAUGUCACAUUUUCGCAAUCCCAUUCCUCAAGGACUUCUGGACGAACCAAAUACAGUCUUGCAAGACCCUCGCUCCACUCCACAAUCGUCGUUCUCUUCAAUAGAAGACAGUGAGCGAAGUUACUCAAGCAGCACUAGAAAAUCCGAUGUUCGUACCCAGAACGUGUCCCGCGCCUCCAGCAUCCAUGAUCUUCUAAAUCCGAUUGUGUCCUUCAAUAGCGACUGUUCCACAUCCUUCGAGUCACAAAAUGCCGAACAAGUGAGCUCGCUAACGAGCCGAUCGAGCACUGUGACUGGGGAACCAGAGAAUGUAUCUCUCAGAGAUUGCCAAAUCAGAUCUGCGGCACCGUCACCACCCUUGAAAAAGCCUAGUGGUGAUGGUAAUCCAAUUUUAGCCGGAACAAACAAGAAACUUCUUUCUAACGAAAGCAACAAUAUUGGCACGGCUGCAUAUUCAAUCGAGAAAGCCAGUGGGGUCCUAGCCGAACGACCUUCUGAGCAUUCUGCGUCCCUUGACUGGUCAGCUACUCGCAGAAAGAGAGCGUUCACUGAAAUCGAAGAAAUUGCCCUGCCAUCUUCGCAAAAUUCAGGAAUCAGACUGUCGAUGACAGUGGAUGGGGUAGUCAAGGUCAAAACCACUGAUGAGGAAACCCCAUCACCUCCAAAACGACGAGCGCCAAACCUUGCAAGCUUGCGAAAUGAGGAGCUUAAACCCAGUCAUAGUGCAGUCGCCGCGAGUGAAAUGCUAAAGGAAGGUCAAAGAUUUAAGGCGAGACCUACCAGCGGGAUUUUUGGGAGGUCUCGUGAUGCUCGUACGUGGGAAUUUUACUGUGAUGGAGAAGCGAGGACGGCCCUGUCAGCCCAAGCGGAGCACGAGAACAAUGGAUCGGCUGUCGGUGCUAUAAAUCUCAUUAGGUCACAGGGUCAGAACGCAAGAUCCAAAGCACAACAGAGAAGACAAGACAUGGCUCUGAAGCCGAAAAGCGGAGCGGGGAAUACUAGAAAGCAGGCUGCUUCCACUGAACAGAAACCAGAGUUGGUGCGUGCUAUGUCCUCUAUGGCACGUCUAUCAAGCAAGUGCAAAGAAGAUAUUAUCGACAUUGGCAAGUCUAGGAAGAUAUCACAUGCAAGAUCGCCAUCGGGCGAUUCAGACAAGGAGAACUGGGCGCCUGGGACUAGAAGCUCGAGCCAUCCACUGAGACGGAGCCGAGCGAGCAGUGCUCCGCGAGAUGUCCUGCAGGAUCACCAUGCGGCUGUUAGAUUGACGAGCACCAGUACCGGACCCUUUCCAACCAACAAGGACGAGAAUGAUCACAAACAUGGUGUUUGGAAAAAGGAGAUUCGCCAGGCCGACAACCUCUAUCAUGGCAAGGAGAAAGAGGAAGAUCUGGACUGUAUUCAAGGGCUUUUGUCUUUGAGUCAAGGUGCUUGGAAAUGA